AUGAGCGGGUGGUUCAAUACUGAGCUACACGAAAGUGAAUCCAACGCCGACAACAACACUAUAUGGAAAUUCAAGAAGCUGGAUUACCAUGACACGUCGUUCUUACACCGAUGGUUUGCUUGUUGGGAGGAAGCCAAGACAACCAAGACUAAAGGGAAGAUAUCCGCGGGGGUGAACCAAACUGUGACACUGCUCAUGUGUGGAGUAUAA